GUGGGAAGGUCGAUCGACGAUCACGUGGGCCCCCCGCCACUCAGUGAGUCUGACCGCCGUGCAGCAGACCCCAAACACAAGAGGAUGGCGGGCAGGCCUACGUGCGAGCGACCUGAAACUCUCCGCUGCCGGCUAAGACCAACAGCAGCCUGUUGCUGAACACCCUCUGCGAUGCGUUUGUGCUCGCUGGUAACUUCCGGCGUCAUAUGGCAAAAAACGCGCGAUCGUUGGCGCGAUUCCAACAACGUGGUCCUCUUGGAGUUCUUAGCUUGGGAACUUUUCUUUCUAUAGUAUGCUGCAGACAUAAGAGUUUGUGAUUUUCUCCCUCUUUUGUUAUGUUUUUUUAUUUGAAUUCGUGAGAAAAACGUGUGGCAUGGUGCUGUGAUUUUAUAUCCUGUGCUUCUAUGUGUGUGCCGCAACAGUGACUCGAUGAUGGGCAGAGCUCGUCAUCUGGGCUAGGAGGUGAACCAGCGAAUUUCUGAGCCAUGGCUUCAGUGGCUGCUUGGUUGCCAUUCGCCAGGGCUGCGGCUAUCGGUUGGGUGCCCAUCGCGAAUAAUCCUCUGCCCGCCCCACCGGUCACCAAGGAACAGCGCAAAAAGGAAGACGAGAAGUUCGUGAUAAACGUGAGCGGUCGCCGGUUCGAGACGUGGCGCAACACGGUUGAGAAGUACCCAGAUACCCUCCUAGGAUCGAAUGAGCGUGAGUUCUUUUACGACGAGGAGUCCAAAGAGUACUUCUUUGACCGCGAUCCAGACAUAUUCCGCCACAUCUUGAACUACUACCGAACAGGCAAACUGCACUACCCGAAGCAUGAGUGCCUCAUGUCUUACGAUGACGAACUCGCCUUCUUUGGGAUUAUCCCGGACGUGAUCGGUGACUGUUGCUACGAGGACUAUCGGGAUCGGAAACGGGAGAACGCCGAGCGGCUCAUGGACGAUAAGAUGUCAGAGGUGGACAACCAGUUGGACCUCAGUAAGUGCACCAUACGCAUGAAAAUGUGGCGGGCAUUCGAGAAUCCGCACACAGGUACGGCGGCGCUCGUUUUCUAUUAUGUGACGGGCUUCUUCAUCGCCGUCUCCGUUAUGGCUAACGUGGUGGAGACGCUACCCUGUGCGGUGGACUACGCGACUGGCGAACGACGCUCGUGUGGAUCCAACUACAAGGUGGCAUUUUUCUGCCUGGACACAGCUUGCGUCAUGAUUUUCACUGCCGAGUAUCUUCUACGGCUGUACGCGGCCCCUGACCGCUGGAGGUUCAUGCGCAGUGUCAUGUGUAUCAUCGAUGUGGUGGCCAUUCUGCCCUACUACAUAGGGCUUGGCAUCAAGGACAACGACGAUGUUUCAGGGGCCUUCGUCACCCUGCGCGUGUUCCGCGUGUUUCGCAUCUUCAAAUUCUCCAGGCACUCCCAGGGUCUUCGGAUCCUAGGCUAUACUCUCAAGAGUUGCGCAUCCGAACUUGGAUUCCUGGUAUUCUCUUUGGCAAUGGCCAUUAUCAUCUUCGCCACAGUCAUGUUCUAUGCGGAGAAGAAUGUCGAAGGCACGACCUUCACCUCCAUUCCUGCUGCCUUUUGGUAUACAAUCGUCACUAUGACGACGUUAGGGUACGGUGACAUGGUUCCUGCGACGCCAACGGGCAAAAUAGUGGGCGGUGUGUGCUCACUCAGUGGCGUGCUGGUGAUCGCGCUUCCCGUGCCUGUCAUCGUGUCCAACUUCAGCCGGAUCUACCACCAGAACCAGAGAGCAGACAAGAGAAAAGCACAGAAGAAGGCUCGCAUGGCCCGAAUCCGUAUCGCGAAGGUGACGAGCGGCGCUGCGUUCGUGAGCAAAAAGAAGGCUGCCGAGGCGAGGAUUGCCGCCCAGGAAAGCGGACAAGAAGUGGACGACUUCCCGGAGGACAUCUUCGAACUCCAGCAUCACCAUCUGCUGAGAUGCCUCGAGAAAACCACGGACCGACAGUUCGUGGAGCUGGAGGUUCCAUACAACGGCCAGCCGAAUCGCCCUUCGUCGACGCCCCCCCUUUCACCCACCCCUACCCUCUCCUUCCACGACAAGAGGCUCUUCCGCUCCUGCUGUGGACGACGGAAAAAGUAUCAGCAUCGUACGACAGUGACUAUCUCCGACCCGGAAGAGGAGGAGAUGAAUGACAUUCGUCUGCGGACUCCAGAUAGGAGACGGACCUCUUCCCGCAGGAGGCUGCCCGAUCACAAAUACGCCCGAUUCCCCCCAAUGGUCAAGAUCUCGACACCCGUCCCCUCUGAUGACCCGUCGGAUACACCCUCUCCCAACCCAUCAUCAGAACUCGUCAGGAUUUCCACCCUUUGAGCCUUCGUCUGCGCUUACUCGAUCGUUUGCAACACGCAUUCUAAGGAGAAUGUGUCCACCUGAGACGCAGCUGCUGCCCUAUAUUCGCUAGCAAUCACUGUCGACAACGCUGUCUCGAAGUGAUGUCUUGAAGAUGAUACCGAAUUUCAUUCGCAGUUCUGAAGUUAGUUAGAGCACUUCUGUCAUUGGCUCGUUUGGUAUUCAGUUGUGAUAUGAUCACCACACACCUGGCAUACUGUCCAAAGAUAAUUGCCAGAGAUUAUUCAGAGUUCUAGAAAAAUUCAAGCAAGUGGCAUCCAUUUUUGAAAGUAUUACUACAACUGAUAUGUUAGACCUGGAUCAGUUAUCCCAAAUUUAAUACCGUUUUUACAAUGCUUAUCAGAAAUUAGACAAGGUCCAUUGCUGUAUUAAUUAAUGCAUUGCACGGUCUUGAUUGCAGUUCUCAGAUCAAUUUUACAAUACAAAAAGAAAAUUGCUAGGCUGUUAAUGUGUACAUGGCAAGAGUUUCGGCAUUUAAUCCAGUGUUCGAAUAUGAUUAUAUCUAUCAAUGCCUGCUCUUGAAUCUCAUUUUCUGUUCCUCUGAUUUAAUAAAUUUUGAAAUCCCAAGAUCACUUUGGAUGAAGAGAGUUAGAAAAGUUAUUUCUAAAAAAAUCCAAGAAUUUCAACAGUUGGCUUCAUAGAAAAUAAUCUCUGGAUAUUUCGAAAGAGCCAUUUUAACUUGAUAGAUGCAAUUGCUAAAAAAAUAGAAACUAUCACUUUCCUAUACUAAACUUUUGAACAGUUGCAAUCGAAAAAUAUUUAACGAGAGGCAACCAUGUUCGCAGGCAUAGAAAAUAAUUUCUUGUCAUAAUGUAUACGAUUGCUGAUUGGUAUAUUAUUUAGAAGUGGUUUCCUUUCCAAAUACCCAAUAAACUAGUGAUGCGGAUUCAUUUCGAAAUGAAUUUUCUCUUGGCAUGUACACGGUGAGGUUUUCAAACUCGAAUCGAUAAGCAAUCUUCUUUUCUUGUUGCUAUAGUCGAAAACUCGCGAUUUUCAGUGAUUUAACUAAACAUGCGUGCAUUUUCAGAUACGUUUCUUUCUAUUAACUUGCUUUUACAGCUAAAAGUUUUUAUCUUAAAAUUUAAAUUCGUGUUCAAUAUUUCAAUCAGGAAAAUGUGAAUUUUCUCCAAAAAAACAGACCCAACUAUAUUCUUAAAUUUAAAAUUUUACUUGAAAACCUAAAUAAACUCACUUCAUUUUAUUAGCAUGAAAAUUACCAAAUAAAAACAAAUAAUUAAAAAAAAACUUUUAGUACAUUCCAAAAACAGUUCCUAAUCUAACUUUUAAAAAUAUUUACUUGCAAAACUUUCAGAAUUUUUCUUAAAAAUUGUGCCAAGUGCGCUGCUUAGAAUCUGCGAACAAAAGCCUCCCACGAAUGAUCGAGUCUCUCGAAAGGAGGUUGAGCCUUAAUUCGAUGAGAUUAUGCACUGGAGAAGGACGUCUGCAGUCUCUCUGGAUCUGGUGGUUUCCGGAAGGUACAAUCUAGUCAAAGUUAUGAAAUAAAUCUAUAAUUAAAGUAUUGAAGCAAAGUUUAGAAUAAAACACCUGCCUCUCUUUGCUGUCUACCCACAACUGUUGGAACAUGUUACUUUAAUUAACCCUACGGGUAAAAAGUGGAGGAGCAAGGUGGUGUUAUUGUUGUUAUUUGAGUGUGCUUUUUUUUGUUUUUUGUUUUCGACAAGAGUUUUUUUUUUUUUCAAUGAGUAUGUGAAAAGUUUAUAUAUUAUCUUGUUAAUGUGUACAGAAUUAUUUUCUCCUUACAUGACUGCCUAUUUUUAUUUUUCAUUUCACUUCCUUUGCGGAACCGGAAGCGGAGGAACACCAAAAAUAAUAUUGUGAUUUCUUUUCAUCGCAGCGCCAUCUAUCUAAGAAAAUAAAAAUUUGAUAACCAGUGGUGAAAUACUUAGAAUUUUGUGGCAAGAUCUCACGCAAAAAGUUAAGAAGUGACCACCACUAUUCGAUAAAUAUGUUUGGAGCAUGUUUACUUUGGUAUAUACACUUUACAAUCUUUUAUUGCAAUGAAAAGAGUAUAUUUUUUCUUCGCCAGAACCUGCAGUACUUUAAAAAAAACGUCCUAUUGCCUGUAAAUAAUACAAUACCUAGUUUUGCUAUUCGAAGAAAAAAAAAAUAUCUGCCAAUAAUUAUAAUUAUAUAUAUUUUGAAAUAAUAUAUCUUUAAAUAACUGAUCUUUAGCAAAUAUACAUGUAUAUAUCAAAGAUUUACAGGCAAAACUUACUUUUAAAAUUUAAAUUUCACGCCAUCGGCAGAAAAUUCUUGCGAAAUAUUCCAUUUCGAGUUUUUUCUGCGUGUUUCGGAAAUAUUUUAUUACAAACAGCAAGUGUGCAAACAUUUCGUAUUUUAAUUGCGAUCGCUUGACAUAUAAAUUCAUUUUCCGAUGUAAAAGAUGUCCAGAAGGCAUUCCGGGAAUGUCCGAAAGAUCGUUCUGUCCGAAGAAAAAUAUACUCUGCCAGUGAAGAACUAUUUUUGUAUCUCUCCCAGUCAGCGCAGAAGCACCCCUUCGGUCGCUGCACACUGCUUUGGCCUGGCUGAUCCACUAUUUUUGUUCCUCUCUUGUGAAGUCCGAGGCUGCGAUUCAUGUUACUUUAUUUUCCAAGAAAUAUGUAUAUAAGCUAAGACAAUGAACUGUGUGUUUUAUUUCUUUUUUCAUGUCAUGCAUCACGCAUGUAUGAGUGUUUGUCUAUACAUACAUAGAUUAUAUAUAUAUUGAGUCAACCUCGCUGUGAGAGAAAAGUUGUGUUGCCCUUUUUGUCCUUCCCGAUCCGGGUGCCUUUCGGGUCCGCCGACGGCCGCUCUCCCUCCGGCAGGAAAGGAUCUGCAAAUUCAGAACGGCCAGUGUUUCAUUUUUUUUUCAAAACCCUGGACUGAUAAACUUAAUUCAAUUUUAAAUAGAUCAUAAACAUGAAAGUUAUCAUUUAUGAAAUUAUAAUCGAUCUUCUCUAAGUAAGAAAUAAAAUGCAAUCUGUAACAUUUUCUAAACACUUUACAUUAGACUUAUUUUGAAUCACACAAACAUGAGUUUUCUGUUAUUCUUUUUAAAAUUCAUUCAACAUGAAUGUAAUGUUUUUAGAAUAAUGAUUUUUUUUUUUUUUUUGAAUUAUAAAAUGUAAUGGCCAUAUUUUAUUUCUCAUUCAUAGGUCUAAUAAGAUAACAUCGAGAAAAUUGUAACUUCUAAUUUAAUCUUUAAAAUGUUUAUUAAAUGGCAUUAGUAGCUUUGUAGGAUUCCGAUAAAAUUUCAUACUCUAAGAUUAAGAGUGAAUCCUCCUUAGAUAGACCUCUAGUAAAUAUUAUAAAGGCAAUUCAUGUUUUUAAUACUGUCAGGUGAAUUCAGUAUUAGAUAAUUUGGUGCUUUUCAGUUUAAUAGGUCAUUGAGACAAAAUAAAAUUAAUACAUUGUCGGUUUUUGCUGUGAAAAUGAAAGCAAAAAUUUAAAUCUUUGUAUUCCAUGGAAGAAUUGGUAAAAUUUCGAAAUUUUUUAUGGAACUAAAGAAUUUUAUUUAAAAAGUUUCCAUACAGAUUCCUUUUUCAUUAUUGCAAGAAAAACUUCCCUCCUGUUUAGGAUGUAAUAAAUUAUUUCGAAGAAUGUUGUUUUCGGAAUGCUUUCGGAUCUUUUUAAAAAGUUGCACUGAAAAAAAAAUUCUGCUCGUGAGCUUACACUCCGGUUCAUUCUUGAUAAAGAAAAUGAAUUUUUAAAAUGCUUCCUUACGUCCGCAUCUGAGCUUAUUGAUUUUUGCUACAACUUAUUUUCUAUCGAGAAAAAAAAAAUCCUUUUUUUACAGAAAAAACACGGAUCCCUAUUUUUCCUUUUUCGGGAUCAAAUUUUGAAAUUGAAACCUUCGAAAUCAAGCUUUAUAUGAACAUUUAAGUUGCAAAACGCGCCCUCGCGUAUGCUAUGGAUUUUAUAUGAUUGAGAGCAUUUUUCAUUGAAAAAGCGAAACAAUGCCAACACGGAGUUUUCAUUAUAUAUAUAUAAAAUAAAGGAAGCUUUUUUUCACUAAAGAAUAUCUUUUUGGAACCACUUUUAUUUUUAUGCCAUUGCAACUUCCUUAAUUUCUGCGAAAAGGUAAUAAUUUAUGGAUAUAUCUGGAAGUAAAAAAAUUGCCAUAUUUCCUGAAGUCAUUUUCACAUUCCUUUGAUAUUAUGAAUUUAAGCAAUCAAAAUAAUUCUUGAAUAAUAUAUAUAUAUAAGAAAGAUAGAGAAAAUGUGGUGCAUCAAGUCAUUGAUAAAAGUGAAUAGGCUUCAUAAUGAGAUACCCACGCUUUAAAUUAAAAAAACAACAACUUAUAGUCUUAUCAUUGACUCUUUUUAUAGAACAGUAUAUGCCAGUUUAGUGCAACUCUCGUUUUCUGUUGAAAACUAUGCAUUAUAUCCCUGAACAAGGGCCAGUUAACAGUCUUAAAGCCGAGAAAAGUGAAGAUUUUGUUUAAAUAUAAUUUGCCGUCGUAAUGUGAAUGAUCAAAUGAAAACUAGAAAAGUAGUAAGUUUGUCAUAGAUUUAUGAAAAGAGGAAAAAUUAUAUAAUUAAAGACUUAAAAAAGUUUAGUAAUUUUACUCCACCUCAAUUUGAAGUUUAAAUCUUGUUUCAGUUGUUUAUUGUUUUUAUAUGCUCUCUCUUAACGCGAAUAAGAGAGUCAUUUUGAAUUUGCUCCUCAAAAUGCAAGUUAUGAUUGCAGGAUGGAAAAGAUAUUUGUAGAAGUUCAAGGAUUCAUUAAGAUUACAACAUACUAAUUUAAUAUCCAGGAAACAGUUGUAUUUCUUAAAUCACGAUUGGUUACUAAUUGGGUUUUUUUUAUAGUUUGGGCAUAGCAAGUCAUACUGUAUAGAGAAAUUUCUCCAGUUUCUUAGCUUCUUCCUUUAUAGGUAAAAAAAAAGUCUGGAAUGUAAAUAAUAAAAUAACAUUUUCAUUAAAGAUAACAGAACCGGAACUCCAUAAAAAUCAUUUUGUAAAUCUAAAUAAAAUCCAUUUAAUCUUUUCUUGACUGUUUUUAUUCUUAAAUGCUGCAGAGACUGAUUAUCACGUUAUAACCCGUAAUUUAAGACUUCCUUGCAUAACAGAUUUAGUAUGGGAUUCAACAAAUUGUUUUUAGUUCCAAAGCGAGACAAAAAUUAAUCAAUUUCUAAUUAUUUACGUACCAAUUUCAUUUCAAAUAUGGACCUUGUGACAUCGACCAGAAAAAAAAGCUUGUUUCGCAUUUUCAAUGAUUGCAGCCAAAAUGCAUUUUUACUCAAACUUAUUCACCAAAACACUUGAAUGGAGUUUAUUUUCCGAAGCAUUCCAGCCAAGAUUCCGAUUCAAACAUUCACCAUCCGAAUAUUUAAUGAAUGACUCAAAGAAGAUCGAUUGUAACGAAAGCAACAGCUAGAAAAACUUAACUUUUAAAGAAAUGUCCAUUAGUUGCCAAGAUUCCUAGUAAAAAUUUUUCUAAUCAAGAUCCUUUUAACACUGUUCUUAUACUCUUUUGUUUCAUUAAUAAAUACUUAUUUUAUUCUCAGUAAUACCUUAAACUUUCAGUUUUUAUUGGUUAAGCUUUUAUCAAGAGUGAAGUUUUCAAAUGCGUGCUUUAACAUAGUUUUAGCAGCUUCAGGACCAAUGGGCAAUGGCCAGUUUCAAUUUUUCUACAUGGAUGCAUGACUGCUAAUAAAAUCUGGCUGUUUACCGGUAUAAUCGAAAUCGUAAUCAGAAUUUGAGUCCAAUUUUGUGACGAACAAAUUCCUUUGAAAUCUUUAGAGGGGUUAGAUGAUCUAUGCCCAUUGUUAUCCGAAAGUGCGUUUCUUUUACUUUCAUGGAGGAAAUACGAGAUUCAUUCUAUUGUGACGGACGGCCAAACUCUUAAAAUCUAUGAUAUAAUGAAUUGCUUAGUAAAGCCCGGUGUACACAGACACAUCCGCUAUUUAAAUUUUCUCGUUUAUCAACUGGCUUUUAAAUUUGGUUUCAUACAGUCUGCAUGUAUUUUUGAAUGCAAUUACAAUUUGAAAUACUUAUUCGGAUUAUUUAAAACGAGGGGUUUGAGAAAUAAAGUAUUUAAUAAUGAUUUGCAAAUCGAGGCUUCUAAAAUAUUUUAUUCAAACGUUCUAUUUCAGCAAAAAGGUAAAUUUCGCGAUCCCAUAUCUCUGCUCCAAAAUUAUGAAAUAAGUGAGAAAAAUGCAAUGUUAAUUAGCUAUAAAUAAGAAGAAAUUCGAUUUCAUGCAAAUGCAACUUUUAUUAAAAAAUUCAAGUAAAAUAAAUAAGAAGAAAUUCGUUUUAAUGCAAAUGCAUCUUUUAUUUAAAAAAUUCAAGUCAAUGUUAUUUUUUCUAUUGUUUCUGUGUAAGAAUAUUGAAUUAUCUGAAAUGACCGGGCGCUACAGAAGUUUCCAAGAUUGUUCUGCGUGACACCCUUUGCACAUUUUGAGAACCCCCUUUUUCAAAUAACAGGACAACAGACGCUGUUGCUGGAUUGAUCUUCUAAGAGAUAGUUUUAACUUUAAUAUGAACAGGUUUUCUCCUAUUUUGAAACACGGCUCAUGGUGGCAGACCUUUCUCCUUGACACACCUCGUGAGUGGAGAGCAAUGACUCGGCGACCCUUGGUGCCCGCCAACUAACAGCGAUUUAACGAGCUUGAUCGGAAAGAUCUUUGUAAAAUUCAAGUGCAUCUCUGAGAGCAUCAAACGAAUCAAAUAAAUACAAAAAGAAGUGUUUCAUCCUAUUUUCCAUACAAAAAUAUUAUUAUGAAAAAGUGAAUUUCUACUCGUGAAUUAAAGUGAUUUACAAGCUCAUUAUUUCGUUAAGAAAAGAAGUGUAUUGUUCUUUUGUCAUACCAAAAUGAUUUUUCUGCAGAGACAAUAAAAAGUAAUGUCAUUGUGUAAUGUCUAGCACUCUACAUGUUAACAGCUGCUAGGAAAGGCCUUUAAUAAAUGCCUGUUUUCCGUUUC